CACGCGCCCGUCCCACUAUUUACACGCGUUUCGUUGCCAAGGAGAUGAGUUGGUUUCCCUCCUCCGGCUCGUUCAGAGUGAAAAGUAGAGUUUUAAAAUAAAUUGAGGACUUUGUGGAGAAAUACUGAAACAGUCGUGAAUGUCUGAAAAUACAGUACAGCGAGAUUUUUAAGUUUUCUAGUACAGUAAAGUUAAGGAGUAACACAAGGUGGCUAGCUAGCGAACGUUCCUCUUGCAGCCUCUCUCAUAACCCAGAAUGAGUGGCGGAGUAGCAGUGGACCGCCUGCAGGUCUGUCAGAUCUACCGCCUGCUGCAGUGGGUCCAUAAAGGGAACAAGGUGCAGAUAGAAAAGAUGGUGAACCUCGGGGUGGAAAACCUCAUCAAUCUCACUGAGCCACAGGAUGGCAUAGGGGUGCUUCACGUGGCAGUUUCAGCCAACAAUCAGGACCUAGUCGAAUUCCUUCUUUCCAACGGAGCACACCCCGACAUCCAGGACAAGAAGGGUCGCACCCCAGUCAUGUUAGCAGCUGAGCAGGGUCAUGAUGCCAUAGUGGCACUGCUGGCACAGAACCGCGCUAACAUGAGGCUCCAAGAUGAUGAAGGCAAAGGUGUGCUGUUCUACUGUAUGUACCCCACCAAGCGCCACACCUACUGCCUGCAGUUGGCGUUGAAGUACCAGGCAGACGCCAACAACGUGUCAGCCAAGGGGACUCAUGUCUUCCAGCUGAUAUGUGAAAAAGCCCAGGAGUGGGCCCACAUAUGUCUCAUGAUGCUGGAUGCUGGGGCAGACCCCAACACAACAAACCAGGAAACUGGUGUCACAGCAUUGAUGGAGGCAGCAAAAGCAGGCUCCCUGCAGCUUGUAAAAGCCAUUCUCCGUAAAGGGGGAAACCCCAACGCCCUAGACCGAAAACGCUUCACAGCAGUGCACUAUGCUGCUAUGGGAGGAUUUUUUGAGGUAAUUCGGGUGCUGUCUGCUUACUCAGCAGACAUGGGUGUGAUCAACUUGGAGGAAUGCACGGCCUUGCACUAUGCUGCAGCCGGCGACAAUGCUAACUGCUGCAAGUUCCUGGCUCAGAGAGGCUGUAACCCAAAACUAAGGAAUAAGGAAGGUUUGUUGCCACGUCAGAUCGCCAAUGGUGCUGGUCACAAAGCAGGAGCCAAAGAGCUGAGAAAGGCUGAGAACAAACAGGGGAAAGGCAAGAAAUCCAGCGAGGACACCCUCAUGUCAGAUCUCUGGGCCCUGACCCUCUACGACUGGUCGUAUGUGUUUGAGGCUGAAUUACGGAAAGCCUUUGGGAACGAAUCAGACACAGUUACUACAGAGAUGUUUAUUGCAGUGUUAGAAAAGCUAAAAGCUCCAGUUGAACAAGACCAGCUAAACACAAUUAUCUCAGCUCAUGCGAAGGGAAAAGAGGGUUAUGUCAACAUUGAUGAUUUCAUCAAAGGAGUCAAAUACAUCCAAAAGCCAUUCCUCCUCUCUUCUUACAUGCCUAAAAAGAAAAGGGGGGAAAAGGGAGGAAAAGGAGGUAAGAAGAAGGGUAAAUUUGUCCCCCCAGUGCCCAUUUGCACUCUCCCACCACAGUUUAUGCCCCGGCGCCCAGACGGAGGCCCACCUCACUUCAUGAUCGAGACAUACCACAACGGCUCAGACCUUCUGCGAUUCGACCCUGAUCACCCUCCAGUACAUCCCAUAGUUAAUGACUCAGGAUGGUACUUGGAGAAGCCACAGAAGGUCUAUGUCAAUAUCAACUCCUGUGUGGAAAGUGGAGAUCUGGAGUCUCUGGAUCUGGCUCUCAGUCAGGGGGUGCCUGUGGAUGUUCACGAUCAGUAUUACAAGACCCCGCUGAUGGUGGCCUGCUCCAGUGGCAACUACGAGGUAGCUCAGUACCUCCUCGGCCAGGGGGCAGAUGUGAAUGUGUGUGAUCAGUUCUUGUGGACACCUCUACACCAUGCAGCUUACGCUGGCCAUGUGGAACUCAUUGAACUUCUGGUGAAGGCUGGGGCCACAGUAAAUGCCCAGGCCCUCGGUGGCGCCACGCCCCUCAUGAGGGCCAUUCAGAGCUCUCGCCCCUCCUGUGUGGACUUCCUCAUCAAGGCAGGUGCCAGUGUUAAUGCAGAGAACAAGAAAGGACAAAACUGCCUCGACAUUGCCAGAGCUUUUGCAGACUCCAGGAUAAUAGAGUUGGUCAAAGACGAGAUGGACUUUUUGCCCAAACCAAAUGAGACAGCAGAAGGAGGCAAAGCUCAAGAGGCUAAACCUACCACAGAAGAGGUACCUACCUAAGUAACUCCAUUAAAGUCUUCUUUCCAUCCUGCAACAAGCGCAUUAAAAACUUGUGGCUGCAAAUGUUUCCUUUUUUCCACAUGAGUGAAAUGAAAAUAUUAUUCUAUUCUUUAGUCACUCUCUUCCCUGUCCACAAAACCCAUUCAGGCUCAUUCAGAGCAAACUUUCAUGGCUGUCUCUGUGAGAAUACAGCUCCACUACCACCAACCCUGUGUUACAUAGAAGGUUAGAGUAGAUGGUAAAUGAUAUUAAAUUCAAACUGAGGCAACAUUUGAGU